AUGAAGUUCUCAGAGAUCUUGACUCUCUCAGCUGCCCUUGCUAUUGCGAGCGCUGCUCCUAUGAAGCGAGCAGAUGAUGUUGAAAUCACCUUCCAUGGCGCCGCAGGAGCUCAAUUCACCCAGAUAUCAGCGAGUAACCUUAAUAUACUAGCAAUCCUUGCAACAAAGCAGAAACUGACUUUCCCAGCCAACCCUCUCAGUAUUUCGAAGAUCUCAUCUAACACCGCCAAUAUCGAAUGCACCUUCACUGGCAUUAACAACAGCCAUACCACCGUGUAUGGUAUUGCCGAGGUUGACGUCGGCCCUCCUCAGGCCCAGGUGACCGGAACUUGUCGUCAAUUGCCCUCACAUCGUCGCCGAAGCGAUAAUAUCCUGGUUACCUUUAUUGGUGCUGGUGAUGCUGAUUUCAUCCAAGAGUUGCCCACUGAUAGAUCUUAUCAACUCAUUAAUAAUGUCUUCAGUGUCUCCCAUAUCGAGGUUGAUGAUGAUGUUUCUUGCCGAUUUGAUGGCGUUGAUGGCUCGGUUACGACAAUAACUGGUCCCAGUACUGUUGAUGUUGGUCCUCCCCAGACACAGAAGGGUGGUUCUUGCUGGAUCAAUUAG